AUGAGUACCACGAAUCAACAGACCUUAAAUAUUGGAUUUAUAAAUAAUAAUACAUUUCCACAGUCCAAACUAGAAAUUAAAAGCGUCAGGAAGGAUAAUUCUAUUGAUAAAGUCAAAAAUUCGAUCAAGGAGAACGUCAUUAAAGAAACAUCAAGAAUAAACGAUAACUAUGUGGAAAAAAUAUCGUCGGAUCUGUCAUUUACUGCAGAUGUUGUCAAGCAAUUCAGUGCACAUGCAUUACCAUAUAAAGAUGGAAGGCCAACAGAUUUAUAUACAGGUCGUGGAAUGGCUAAAGAUAGUUUAAAAAGUAGCGCAUUUUAUCGUUCUAGCCAAUUAAAGAAACCAAUCAAUUACCAACCGCCUCCUUUUUACCUCAAGAGGAAAAAAUCUCCACCACUUCUUGAUGACAAGGGUUUUAACGAAUUAGAUGUUAUACAUAGAUUAAAACUGAAACAGCGACAGUCAACCCUAAAACCCAUUCAACAACGCAUGAAAGUUGUAUCAAUUAAUGAAAAACAAACUGGAUGGGAUGAACAAGUUAUUUCUAAAUUGAGUUGGACAUCUGCUAAAUACAUAGUUAAGAAGCAAGUGCCUAUCGGUUCACAACAAAAAACUCUUAUUCAUACCUUAGCUACGCGAGAUAAGCCUAAAUCAGCUAAUUCGUUUGCUGUGUCAACACCGAGAAGAGUGGCAUCGCCUAGAGAUCCUGGGAGGUAUAGGUAUAAGUUAAGUAUUUCAGAUUUAAGUGAUGCAGCGGAUGGUAAUAUAGAAGAUCUAACAGUACCUCAGAAAUUGGCUAAGGAAAGCAAUCGAGUAAGAAAUGCAAAAAAGUUAACAGAAAGUUAUGCUUAUAGAGACUUGCAAGUAAAAGACCAAGAAGAUUUCAGAAAACAUGUUCACGAUGGAGCGAAACCGAUCUAUUCCAAGCUGCAUAGAAUUCGUUUAAAUGAUGAAGAAAUCAUUCGUUUAACCAAUGACACCAAGUUCAAGUUACAGUUGUUGGAUUUUUAUCCGCCAUUACCGGAAAAAUGGUAUUCUAGUACAAAUAUUGAUAAUAUCAAAUCAGAUGCUGCUAAUAAGAAUAUUCGGGGACAAAGACCAUGGAAAUCUUUACCACAGAAAAUCAAGGAUGACAACACUAUGUACAGUUACUACGGAAAUAAAUCCAAGACUUAUACAGAACCUGAUCAUAAAACAGUAAUAAGAAAUAAAGAAAAUGUUUAUCUACAUCAGAUUGUACGAGAAUGGCGUAAAACAUGGCAUUUAAAUAGUAAAUUUUUAUAUGCCGAUGUGGAUAAAUUAUUAGAAGAUAUCAAGCAUGAUUACGAACAUGUCAGAACUGGGGCUUUACAAGCAAUCACUGUGGCAAUUAUAAAUGAGAAUAUUAUGCAAAAUAAAAGUAUUCAAGCUAAAGAAGAAGCAUUACAACUGAAACAAGUGGAUGAUGAUGAAGAAGACGAAGAUAUAUCUCAAGCUAAUCAAAAGAACUUGUCACCUCGUGCAUUAAAAGAUAGAAUACCAAAAGAAUUAUUAGGUGCUAUUAUGAGUGCUUUAACAGAUCCAUCAAGACGUGUUCGACUUGAGGCAGCGGUGGGCAUCAUGACAUUAGGAUUAUUAAAUACCAAUGCUAAAAAAGUUCUAGACGAAGUUCUUAGCGAUGGUACAUCGGAGGAGAAAUGGAUUGCAGCAAAGUGCCUGGCAAAACAUGGUUAUUGCAACACUGCAAUUAUCAGUGAACUAAUCGGUUGUCUAUCUGCAGAUAGUAUUAUCAAACAUGAAAAGGCGACUCUAUAUCUCCGAGAAUUGAGCAAACAAACGUCUAUAAUUAAUUCAAUGCUUGCUGAACAACUGAACAAUACUAGUUGGAGAAGUCGAGCAGCUGCUUGUAACUUAAUUCCAAAGUUAUAUGGUACAAUUAAUAAGGACUUAACACAAAAAUUAAUUAAUCUAAUGUGGUCGGAUUGGCACCAGGACGUUAGGGAAGCUGCAUUGUUAGCAUUAGCAAAAGCUGGGCAGGGAAAGAUUGUGCAUUCGGAGCUUAAAAAGCAAAUGAAGUCAGGGACCGAAAGAGGACGGGUAGACGCAUUAAGAAAGUUUGCACGUAUCGGAAUUGCCACUUCUGACAUCAUCGAUUCAUUCCUGGAAUGCUUUCAAGAUGAAUAUGAUCGAGUGCGAAUAGAAGCAUGUAUUGCUGCUGAAAUUGUUGCAUCGAAUGAUCUGCAGGUUAUUAAGCAACUGAUACAAUCCAUAAGCGGCGAUUCUAGCUAUAAAGUUAAAAUAAAAGCUAUGCAAGCCUUACGCAGCAUUAACAAGGGAACAGACGAAUUAUGUAAGGUUUUACUAUGGGCUAUCCGCUAUGAAAAUCAUCCUGAAGUACGAGCUGAAGCAUGUAAAACGAUUGGAUAUUUUAAGAUUGAUAAUAAUGAAGUUGUCUCGGCAUUACAAGAUCGAUUAACGCUCGAUGCAAGUCAAUUAGUUAGAAAUGAAGCUACUGCGGCACUCGUAGCGCUAGGCAGGACUCCUGCAAGGGAAUUAGAAAUUACUAAAACUAUUCGUGAUGAAGUUCAGCAAUUGACAACAAAGAAUCGAGUUGUCGACGAAAUUACACGCCAUGAAGAGGAAGGAGAAAAAGUUAAAAAUUAUUCCCGUUUAUUAAAUAUUACACCUACUAAAAUGCAAUUACAAGCAGAUUCUCAAGCUAUACGUAAUUAUGUCACUCAUAGCUAUGGUGUUAAAUUGAAAGGUGUCGGAGAACUAGAUGACUAUGACUACCAUGAUACUGGAUUUUGGAGCGGUAAACCAAUUCCUAUAACCCGGGCAAUACCUUCAAGAUCGGGUAGUCGUGUUCAAUUUUUAUUAGCUGAUAGCAAACAUGCUAUGGAUGAUGACUACAUUAAUGAUAAGCCGCUAUCGGCUACAACGAGAGCUAGUUAUUCUAGUUUAACUGAAAAUUCCUACAGCACUGAUGGUUUAUUGUUAUCUGGGAAUAGCGAUUAUUUUAGAAAAGAUAUGCAAUGA